AUGGCUUCCACCACUGAGGUUAUUCCCCACAACACUUUCGACACCAUCCUGGUGCUGGACAAUGGGUCGCAAUACACUCAUCUAAUUACGCGCCGUCUGCGCGAGAUCAAUGUCUACUCCGAGAUGCUUCCGUGCACGCAGAAGCUGUCCGAUUUGGGGUGGAGCCCCAAGGGAAUCAUUCUCUCCGGUGGUCCCUACUCCGUGUACGAGAAAGACGCCCCGCACAUCGAUCCCGCCUUUUUCGAUCUCGGUGUUCCCAUUCUGGGCAUCUGCUAUGGUCUCCAGGAGAUUGCUCACCGUCUGCAUGCGGACAACGUCGUUGCUGGCACCGCUCGUGAGUACGGCCAUGCCGACCUGAAGGCUACUCGCUUCGGCGGACACGUGGAUAAGCUGUUUGAAGGUCUGGAGGACGCGAUGGACGUGUGGAUGUCGCAUGGUGAUAAGCUGUGCAAUCUGCCUGAGGGAUUCCACACCAUUGGUACCACUAAGAACUCGGAGUAUGCCGCCAUUGCGCACAAGACGGAGCCUGUGUAUGGCAUCCAGUUUCACCCCGAGGUUACUCACACCCCGAAUGGUGGCCGUCUUCUCCAGAACUUCGCCGUUGGAAUCUGCGGUGCCAAGCAGAGCUGGUCGAUGGCCGAGUUCAUCGGUCAGGAGAUCACGCGGAUUCGCAACCUCGUCGGUCCCGAGGGCCAGGUCCUCGGCGCUGUCAGCGGUGGUGUCGACUCUACCGUGGCUGCCAAGCUCAUGACCGAGGCCAUCGGUGAUCGCUUCCAUGCCGUCCUUGUCGACAACGGCUGCAUGCGUCUGAACGAGUGCGAGAAAGUCAAGGAGGUUUUGCAAGAGCAGCUGGGCAUUAACCUUACUGUUGUUGAUGCCGGAGAGGAGUUUUUGGCUGGCCUGAAGGGCGUUGACGACCCUGAGAAGAAGCGCAAGUUCAUUGGCGGCAAGUUCAUUGAUGUCUUUGAAGAUGAGGCCAAGAAGGUCGAGGCACAGAAUGCUGGCAAAGUCGAGUGGUUCUUGCAGGGAACGCUGUACCCGGAUGUUAUUGAGAGCAUCUCGUUCAAGGGCCCGUCGCAGACCAUCAAAACCCACCACAACGUGGGCGGCAUCGCCGAGCGCCUGAUGGCUGGCCACGGUCUGAAGCUGAUCGAGCCGCUUCGCGAGCUCUUCAAGGAUGAGGUGCGUGAGCUGGGUCGCCAGCUCGGCAUCUCCCCAGAGCUAGUUGGCCGACACCCCUUCCCUGGCCCCGGCCUCGCUAUCCGUGUCCUCGGCGAAGUUACCAAAGAAAAAGUCGACAUGGCCCGCAAAGCUGACCACAUUUUCAUCUCGAUGAUCCGCGAAGCCGGCCUGUACGACGACAUUGGCCAGGCCUACGCCGCGCUGGAUCCCUCGCGUGCCGUCGGUGUCAUGGGUGACAAGCGCGUCUACGCCAACAUCAUCCUCCUCCGCGCUAUCUCCACCAAGGAUUUCAUGACUGCUACGCCUUACCCCUUCAGCUACGAGUUCCUGACCAAGGUCUCGACGCGCAUCGUUAAUGAGGUGGAGGGUGUUUGCCGUGUUGCGUAUGAUUUUACUAGCAAGCCGCCAGGCACGAUUGAGAUGGAGUAG